GCCGCUGCCGCCGCUGCCGCCGCCUCACACACUCGGGGAGCGGGAGCGCGGCGCGGACGCCAAGCCGCCGGGCUGCUGCGCCGGGAGCCAGCCCGAGCCGGAGCCCGAACCGCAGCGCCAGCCCCAGCCGUGCCGAGCCGUAGCCCGGGCCGGGGCCGGCGGCCGCUCAUGGACAGCGGGGCCGGCGGCCGGUGCUGCCCCGAGGCGGCCCUCCUGAUACCAGAGCCUGUGAGGAUGCGGCCCCUGAGGCCCAGCCCGGGCCCUGGGGGGCGUCGGUUGCUGCUGCCCCCCUUGCUGCUGGCACUGCUGCUCCUGCUGGCUCCGUGCCCAGGCCACGCCACUCGGGUGGUCUACAAGGUACCAGAGGAACAGCCGCCCAACACCCUCAUCGGGAGCCUCGCAGCUGACUACGGCUUUCCAGACGUGGGUCACCUGUACAAGCUGGAGGUGGGUGCCCCCUACCUCCGAGUCGACGGCAAGACGGGGGACAUUUUCACCACCGAGACCUCCAUCGACCGUGAGGGCCUCCGGGAGUGCCAGAACCAGCUCCCCGGGGAGCCCUGCAUCCUGGAGUUCGAGGUGUCCAUCACGGACCUGGUGCAGAACGGCAGCCCCCGGCUGUUGGAGGGCCAGAUCGAAGUCCAGGACAUCAACGACAACACACCCAACUUCGCCUCGCCGGUCAUCACGCUGGCCAUCCCCGAGAACACCAACAUCGGCUCGCUCUUCCCCAUCCCGCUGGCUUCAGACCGUGACGCCGGCCCCAAUGGUGUGGCCUCCUACGAGCUGCAGGCCGGGCCGGAGGCCCAGGAGCUCUUUGGGCUGCAGGUGGCGGAGGACCAGGAGGAGAAGCAGCCACAGCUCAUCGUGAUGGGCAACCUGGACCGCGAGCGCUGGGACUCCUAUGACCUCACCAUCAAGGUGCAGGACGGCGGCAGCCCUCCCCGCGCCAGCAGCGCCCUGCUGCGGGUCACCGUGCUCGAUACCAACGACAACGCCCCCAAGUUUGAGCGGCCCACCUACGAGGCUGAGCUGUCUGAGAACAGCCCCAUAGGCCACUCGGUCAUCCAGGUAAAGGCCAAUGACUCGGACCAGGGUGCCAACGCCGAGAUCGACUACACAUUCCACCAGGCACCCGAGGUCGUGAGGCGCCUCCUGCGACUGGACAGGAACACUGGCCUCAUCACCGUCCAGGGCCCUGUGGACCGCGAGGACCUGAGCACCCUGCGCUUCUCGGUGCUUGCCAAGGACCGAGGUGCCAACCCCAAGAGCGCCCGAGCACAGGUGGUGGUGACUGUCAAGGACAUGAACGACAAUGCUCCCACCAUCGAGAUCCGGGGCAUAGGGCUGGUGACCCAUCAAGAUGGGAUGGCCAACAUCUCGGAGGACGUGGCAGAAGAGACAGCCGUGGCCCUGGUGCAGGUGUCGGACCGAGACGAGGGGGAGAAUGCGGCUGUCACCUGUGUGGUUGCUGGUGACGUGCCCUUCCAGCUACGGCAGGCCAGCGAGACGGGCAGUGACAGCAAGAAGAAGUACUUCCUGCAGACCACCACCCCGCUGGACUACGAGAAGGUCAAAGACUACACUGUCGAGAUAGUGGCCGUGGACUCCGGCAACCCACCCCUCUCGAGCACCAACUCCCUCAAGGUGCAGGUGGUGGACGUCAAUGACAAUGCACCCGUCUUCACCCAGAGCGUCACCGAAGUCGCCUUCCCGGAAAACAACAAGCCCGGCGAAGUGGUGGCCGAGGUCACGGCCAGUGACGCCGACUCGGGCUCUAACGCGGAGCUGGUCUAUUCUCUGGAACCAGAGCCGGCUGCCAAGGGCCUCUUCACCAUCUCGCCUGACAACGGAGAGAUCCGGGUGAAGACUUCGCUUGACCGGGAACAGCGGGACAGCUACGAGUUGAAGGUGGUGGCAGCCGACCGGGGCAGCCCCAGCCUGCAGGGCACGGCCACUGUCCUCGUGAACGUGCUAGAUUGCAACGACAAUGACCCCAAGUUUAUGCUGAGUGGCUACAACUUCUCAGUGAUGGAGAACAUGCCGGCGCUGAGCCCGGUGGGCAUGGUGACUGUCAUUGACGGGGACAAGGGGGAAAACGCCCGGGUGCAGCUCUCCGUGGAGCAGGACAAUGGGGACUUUGUGAUCCAGAACGGCACGGGCACCAUCCUCUCCAGCCUGAGCUUCGACCGGGAGCAGCAGAGCACCUACACCUUCCAGCUGAAGGCCGUGGACGGCGGCGUGCCGCCCCGCUCAGCCUACGUGGGUGUCACCAUCAAUGUGCUGGACGAGAACGACAACGCGCCCUUCAUCACCGCCCCCUCCAACACCUCGCAUCGGCUGCUCACUCCGCAGACGCGCCUUGGGGAGACGGUCAGCCAGGUGACAGCUGAGGACAUUGACUCCGGUGUCAAUGCCGAGCUGACCUACAGCAUCGCCGGGGGCAACCCUUAUGGGCUCUUCCAGAUCGGGUCCCAUUCGGGUGCCAUCACCCUGGAGAAGGAGAUCGAGCGACGCCACCACGGGCUGCACCGCCUGGUGGUGAAGGUCAGUGACCGCGGCAAACCCCCGCGCUAUGGCACAGCCCUGGUCCACCUUUACGUCAACGAGACCUUGGCCAACCGCACGCUGCUGGAGACCUUACUGGGCCACAGUCUGGACACGCCGCUGGAUAUCGACAUCGCUGGGGACCCGGAAUACGAGCGCUCCAAGCAGCGGGGCAACAUCCUCUUCGGUGUGGUGGCCGGGGUCGUGGCCGUGGCCUUGCUCAUUGCCCUGGCGGUGCUUGUGCGCUACUGCCGGCAGCGGGAGGCCAAGAGCGGCUACCAGGCUGGAAAGAAGGAGACCAAGGACCUGUAUGCCCCCAAGCCCAGCGGCAAAGCCUCCAAGGGCAACAAAAGCAAAGGCAAGAAGAGCAAGUCCCCGAAGCCUGUGAAGCCAGUGGAGGAUGAAGAUGAGACCGGGCUGCAGAAGUCCCUCAAGUUCAACCUGAUGAGCGACGCCCCUGGGGACAGCCCCCGCAUCCACCUGCCCCUCAACUACCCGCCAGGCAGCCCCGACCUGGGCCGCCACUACCGCUCCAAUUCUCCUCUGCCUUCCAUCCAGCUGCAGCCCCAGUCACCCUCGGCCUCCAAGAAGCACCAGGUGGUACAGGACCUGCCGCCUGCAAACACGUUUGUGGGCACCGGGGACACCACGUCCACGGGCUCCGAGCAGUACUCCGACUACAGCUACCGCACCAACCCCCCCAAAUACCCCAGCAAGCAGUUACCUCACCGCCGAGUCACCUUCUCAGCCACCAGCCAGGCCCAGGAGCUGCAGGACCCGUCUCAGCACAGUUACUACGACAGUGGCCUGGAGGAGUCGGAGACGCCGUCCAGCAAGUCAUCCUCAGGGCCCCGCCUCGGCCCCCUGGCCCUGCCUGAGGACCACUACGAGCGCACCACCCCCGACGGCAGCAUAGGGGAGAUGGAGCACCCCGAGAACGACCUCCGUCCUUUGCCUGAUGUUGCCAUGACGGGCACGUGUACCCGGGAGUGCAGUGAGUUUGGCCAUUCCGACACGUGCUGGAUGCCCGGCCAGUCGUCUCCUAGCCGCCGGACCAAGAGCAGCGCCCUCAAACUCUCCACCUUCGUGCCUUACCAGGACCGAGGGGGGCAGGAGCCUGCGGGCGCCGGCAGCCCCAGCCCCCCGGAAGACCGGAACACCAAAACGGCCCCCGUGCGCCUGCUGCCCUCCUACAGUGCCUUCUCCCACAGUAGCCAUGAUUCCUGCAAGGACUCGGCCGCCUUGGAGGAAAUCCCCCUGACCCAAACCUCGGACUUCCCGCCCGCAGCCACGCCGGCGUCCGCCCCGACGGCCAAGCGCGAGAUCUACCUGUGAGCCCCCCACCCACCCCACCCCGCCCUGCCCCAGGCCACAGGGCAGCCCCCGGCCAGGCCCCUUCCACACCCUCCAGCGUGGACUUCACAGCCAGGGCCCUGAGUCGGGGGGCCAGUCCUGGCCUCGUGACCAUGUUGGCCCUUCCCCUACACAGGGUCCAGGUCCUCUCCCCUACUCCCACCCCCCAACUCCCCGGAGCCCCUUCUUCUCUCCUGUGGGGCUCCCCCAGCUCAUGCCCAGCAGGGCUCCUCUGCAGUGACGGCUCCCUCCCCUCGUCCUGGGAGCACCCCCUCACUUUGGGCAGAUGGCAAGUCAAGGGCGGGCGGCACACUUGUAACUCACUUCCCGCAUGGCCGACCAGGGCGGGGACAGCAGGCCCUGUGGUUUAGCCCUGAGGCAGGGCUGAGCUGGGGAGCCCCUCUCCCUGAGGACUCCCAGAGAAACACUCUGGACUGCCAGGGGCUCCCUGAAGGGCUUUUGUUACCAAAGGUGGGGUGGGGGCUGGGGAGGGGUGAGGCACGGGCCUUGGUGCCCAGUGCUGUCCCUGGGCUGGCCCGCCUGCCCACCGGCGCCCUGGCUGGGCCCCCUGGGCCCCCUUCCCCUGCUGGUCAUGCAGUGUCUGUAUAUAAGGACCUUGGAAUGAUGUCCCCAUUUCUGCCUGAUUUGCAACUUUUCUCGUUGAUGUUGUGUUGUCUUGGGGGACCCCUCUGGGGGGGACCUGCCCUGUGCCCCUUCCUCCCUGCUGCAGUGCCCCCCACCCCAGGCCUCGAUUGUUCCAUGUUGUAAAUACCCCUGGGGCCGUGGUGGGAUGGGGGGCGCAGGCCGGGGAAACAACGGGUGGGUGGGGGCGGGGACAGGGGUAACAUUCGCCUAUCAGCAGAGCUGGGCUUUUAUUUAAUUUUUUUUAAAGAAAUACAAAUCUAUAUUUUUUUGGAACUGUUGCGCUGUGCCCUGGGGGGGGAUCCCUGCUCAGGCUGGCCUCCCACAUCCCGAUGAGCGUCAGAGGGGCCCUGAGGCUGUGGGGGGCAGCUGGACAGGGGUGGGAUGACUGUGCCUCGGGCCUGGUUGGGUGAGUUGGGAGCAGGAAGGUUUGCUCAGGGGGUGGCCGGCUGCUGUCCCCAGUAUGGGGGCCUGCACCCUCCCCCUCCCUGCCCCAGCCCCCAGCCCCUGCCAUGACUGACCCGUCAGCCUGUAAAACCACCAUUGCCUUGACCUCAGGGGGUGGGAAGGGCUGCCUCAGGGCGCCCCACAUUCCAGGCCCCCUUCUUCCAGCUGGGCUUCCCUUUGCCAGGGUCAGGGAUCCCGUGGGGGAGGGGGUGGAGAAAUUGGGGGGCAGAGAAGCCCAGUCAGCCAUGAUGAGGUGCGGCCUUUGCUUCACCUCAGGGGGCCAGGGUGUGAGGGGUGUCCUACAGAGCCCCCGUCUCAAAGCCUCAGCCCUUCUUCCUUCCAGAGACCCCCACUGCCUUGGCCCAUACCUCUCCAGUCCCCAGGGGCCCGGGCUGGGAGGCUGGAGACUCAGGGUAUGGUCCUCGCUUGACUUCGGCUAAGCUUGGGGUGGGGGUGGGGUAGCCCAAGUGUGGGAGGGGUGGGUACAGGCUGCUGGGUCAUCCAGUGCCUUUGGGAGCUGUGCUGCUGGGGACUUGACUCCUGUAACCCCAGAGACACCAACCCCACCCCAGAAAAGCCAGGGGGCUGAAGAAUAACCCUGUUCUUUGCCCCUUACCCCUAAGUUGACUUGGGGUAGCAGUUUCGCUAGGAAGGAGAGUGUUGUUGGUCUGGCAGCCCCUGCAGACACAGCCCUUCCGUGGAGGGCAGGAGGUGCGGUGUGCUGGGGUGGCAGCAGCCAGGUCUUGGGGUUGGCCAAAGGCUCCUUUCCCUGGGGGAGGCCCAGGAAGUGGGCUGGGGGCUUGUUUGGGAGACAGCCCCUUCCCCCUGCACAAACGGGGCAGGUGCAAUAGUGGUAGAGUGGUAGCCUGAGGUGCCCAGCUGGUGGGGCAGCGGCCUCCACGGCUGUCGUGCGUCCUGGCAGUCCUCACUGGGGCAAGAAGGGUGUAGGAGGCCCGCACGUGCUUGGUGGAGAGGGUUGUCUAGACCCUGGUGUCCGUGGACUUCUGCCAGAAGCCCCCGAUGGCCUGGGUCCUGCACCCUGGCCACGGACACCCCCAGCACCGAGAGGGAGGCCAGAGGAGCAUUUUGCACAAUGGAGAAGCCAGAAGGCAGGGAGUGGCCCAGCCUCCUUGGGGAGGGCUCUGGAGCAAGCCCUUCUUCCCACCGGCAGAGGCAGGGCCCCUCCGGCCUCCUGGUUGGGGUUGGGUGCUCAGUCUCUCACCACCUGGGCACUCAAGAGGUGAAACCAAAGGUGGGCAGGGGAGGGGUGACAGCCCUGGGUCCUGGGUCCCUGCUGGCUCCUGGGUCUGCGAAGCCCUCCCUGUUGCCUGAGUCGCGUGCAGUUUUAUGUACCGAUAGGCGACAUUUGGCCAGAGGAGACCCCCUCAAGCCCAGCCUGACCUAGUCAGUGUCUUCCUCCAGGGGACCUGUGGGUCCCCAGCCCCCUACUUCAGGGCACGUCUCCUGGUAGGGGGAGGGCAUCUGGGGACAUUUCUCUUCUAGGGUCCCUAAAGCAUGUGUCGGGGAGGUCUCUGGGUAUCCCUCACCUCUGGGGCUCCCAUUGUAGGAGCCUCUGGGGAACUUGUACUCCCGCUGGGGACCACGGGAGCUCUCCCCUCCCUACUCAGGCUCUCUGGGGAGCCUGUUUCCUCCCAUGGUCCUUGGGAGCACUUAAGGCAAGUUGGCCCCCGGGGGCCCUGCCCCUUCCUGGGAAGGGGUGUUCUGGCCCUCCCCCUGUCCCUCCUGUGGGGGUGCCCCUGCCCCGCAGCACUUGGGGGUGAGGCUGGGCAUUUCUGAGUUGUCUUUUUCUCCUAGGGGCUCUGGGGUCCCCUCUCUCUCUCACCCGCCCCCCCACCCCCAGGGCCGGGCCUCUGGAGCCAUUUCUGCCCUGGGGGGGCGGGAGGGAUGGUCUCCGGGUAUGGGGAGCGCUGGUGUGGCCGUGAGAAAGUCUCUUAGGCGGCGUCUCCGUGCGGGACUUCUCUGGGAGGGGGGGACUGUGUCUCGCCCGUGGGUUUCCGGGGCGGGUGUGUGUGCCCGUGGGGAAGGGAGACUGCGUCUCCUAGGGGUGUUGGAGUGGGGAGGGGGGCCGUGUCUCUCUCGUUGGGGGUCGGGGAGGGGGGUUGGGGGCGCGUCGGGUGCCCUCGUGGGGUUGUGUUUCUCGGUUCGUGCCACUUCCCAACGCCUCGCUCCUCCCGGGAAGGGCCCCCGCCCCACCCCCACUCCACCCCGUCCCCGGCGCUGCGAGCACAAUCCCGUUGAUUUGUAAUGAUUUCUGUCUCUUUCCGUCUUUCUCUUUCUCCGACCGCCCUCCCCUCCCCCCCGCCGCGAGCAUGCGCAGGCACCGCCCCUCCCCCUCCGGUUCGGUUCGUUUCCGGUUUGUUUGCUGAGCUGUCAAUGAAAGACCCGUGUAAUUAUCCCCCGAGCUUUACAAUAAAAGUGUGAAAACCGGA